GUAAAUCCUGUUAGAAAAUGAUUUAAGGAAGUGAUUUUAUGCACAUUUAUGAUUUCUGUCUUGAUCAUUUGAUUCUUUGUUAGAUUCACACAAUCAGUUUGAAAUACAAGUGAGCUGUAAGUAAAAUUUAAAAAGCCGAGAACUAUCAGGAGUACUCGAGCACUAGACACCAAGAUGGAGAGGAUUGUGGUUCAAGGCCAGCUGGGACAAAUAGUCACAAGGCUGCAUUUCCCAAAAUAACCAGAAUAAAAUGGACUGGAGGUGUGGCUCCAGUGGUAGAGCACCUGCUUUGCAAGUGUGAAGCCCUGAGUUCAAACCUCAGUCACACACACACAAAAGCAGAGUGAAAUUCUCCCAUUUACCUCUGUCUCCUAGCCCUCAUUCCGUUCUUUGGAAAUUCUGUAUCUCUUUCCAGACAUAGUCUGUGUAAAAGCGAAUAAUUUUUUCCUUAAAACUGGGUUCAAUUUCGAAUAGGCAAUACAUGUAUGUAGUAAAAAAUAGUAUACAGUGAAAAGAAUUUUCUUUGCUUACCUACACCUCCCUCCCAUUCGCUCUUUCCCUCUGCAGAGACGUUGUUUCCUGUGUAUCCUUCUGGAAAUAGUCAAUGAGUGUGUAUUCGUGUACGGAACACCGUAGUCCCAGGCAUGGCAGAUUUAUUAGAAUAGUGCAUUCAAAAUGAUAACAUGACUUAUAAAUUUGCAAAGUUUGGAAAACAUUCCAAACAUUCCCUUCAGAAUUCCAAACAACAUAGCCAUCCAUCCACUCUCUUAACAAAAAUAUGCAUGGAAUUAGCCUGAAUGAUUGUAGGGGGCGUAGCUAAGUAGAGAGCGCCUGCCUGAAACCCAGAAUUCAAACCCCAGUGCUGACAAAAAAAAAAGAAAGAAAAAGUGAUUAUAGAGCAUCUUUGAGCUACAGCCGCGCCCUUCAGCUGCAGUAAGCCUCCGGAGCGCUAGAUGUCGCCGUGGCCGGCGAUGGGCGUGGGUUUGCGUCUCUGUGGUUGUAAAGUUGGGGCGGAGAAGCCGAGAGGAGUUGAGGAAUGAUGGCUGAUGAAGAGGAAGAAGCGAAGCACGUCUUGCAGAAAUUGCAGAAACUGGUGGAUCAGCUCUAUUCAUUUCGAGACUGCUAUUUUGAGACACACAGCGUUGAGGAUGCUGGACAGAAGCAACAGGAUGUGCGGGAGGAGAUGGAGAAGACCCUCCAUCAAAUGGAGCAAGUUUUGGGUUCUGUCCAGGGCAAAGCACAGGCUCUGAUGUUAACAGGGAAGGCACUGAAUGUGACUCCUGAUUACAGCCCUAAGGCUGAAGAGCUUCUGUCAAAAGCUGUGAAGCUGGAACCUGAGCUGGUGGAAGCCUGGAAUCAGCUGGGUGAAGUGUACUGGAAGAAAGGGGAUGUUGCAGCUGCUCACACCUGCUUCUCAGGAGCCCUCACCCAUUGCAAGAAUAAAGUCUCCCUGCAAAACCUGUCAAUGGUGCUUCGCCAACUGCAGACAGGCUCUGGAGAUGAACACUCGCGCCAUGUCAUGGACAGUGUCCGACAGGCCAAGUUGGCUGUGCAGAUGGAUGUCCUUGAUGGCCGAUCCUGGUAUAUUCUGGGGAAUGCAUACCUUUCUCUUUAUUUCAAUACUGGCCAGAGCCCUAAGAUCUCCCAGCAAGCCCUCAGUGCCUAUGCUCAAGCAGAGAAGGUUGACAGGAAAGCUUCGAACAAUCCUGACCUUCAUCUGAACAGGGCAACGUUACAUAAAUAUGAAGAAAGUUAUGGGGAGGCCCUGGAGGGCUUCUCCCGGGCUGCAGCACUGGACCCUGCUUGGCCAGAGCCCCAGCAACGAGAGCAACAACUCCUAGAAUUCCUCAGUAGAUUAACCAGCCUCCUGGAGAGCAAGGGAAAGAUGAAGACUAAAAAGCUGCAGAGCAUGCUGGGAAGCUUGCGCCCAACACACCUAGGCCCUUGUGGCGAUGGGCGCUAUCAGUCAGCCUCUGGGCAGAAGGUGACCCUGGAGCUCAGGCCACUGAGCGCACUGCAGCCUGGUGUGAACAGUGGUGUUGUGGUCCUGGGAAAAGUGGUGUUCAGCUUGACCACAGAGGAGAAAGUACCCUUAAUUGAAAGAGGACAAAUUGUCACUGCUGUUUGGAUUUAGGAGUGCUUAGGCAAUUCUGGAAGGUAAGCUUUGAAGCUGAAUUUAAGGCCUGGUCGUGGAAAUUAUCUCAGAUGUCAUUCAACAAAUACCUAUUGUGCAUUUAGUAUAUAUAUUAUAGGGAGUGAGAAAAAAGGAAAAAUGAAAUAUAAAGGACUUGGCAAAGGAUGCUUACAGUCUAGCAGAGGAAUGAAGUAAGAAUAUUUACUUAGAAAUUUUUUAAGUCUUGAAAAGUUAGGGUUUAGUGAAUGCCAUCACUUCUUGGUCCUUCACUCACUUCCUGAUUCUUGGUUGGUUACUUUCUUCUUUUUUUUCUACUGAACUGGUUUAUUUUCUGGGAUUACCAGUGUCUUUCUAGGCAUCUGAUCCAGUGGCUCCCACUACAUGGCUCUGUAACAUUCUGACUUACCUUUUCCGAUUGCCUUUCACAUCCUUUCUGCUUAUCCAGACUUAAUACACAAUUCCUCUUACAGCUCUCACUGUUCUCUGGAGGUGUCUAAAGGUCCAUGUAUUUGCUGAUUUGAAGAGCAAGAACAUGAAUGAGAAAAGUUUAGUUAAUAGAGCAGACCUUAGAGCCAAGAGGAAUAAAAAGGAAUAUAGACGUUGGUAGAUUUUAGAGAAACCUGAGAACAAAUAAAUAUUUUGCUACUCCUUAGUUUCUCUUUUUCUCCUCAACAUCUAAAUGUUGGGUUCCCAGAACUGUUUUUGUUCUUUUCCUCUCUCUAUACCAGGAGGGCGUGUAGUUGUCAAGUUUAAUCACCUGUCAAUGGUGGUCUAAUACAGUGUGUAGAAAGCUACUGGGGCUUUGACUGGAUUCAUCAAGGGAGAGCUAUGCUUGAUGGCACUGUUUCCUGGGUGUUCCGGUGUGUCAGUUGAUGACCUGGCUCUGGUUUUUCCACCAUUGCAUUUAUAGGGCAUCUUGCUUGGUGAUGUUGUGUAAACCCUGGGCUUUGGCUGCCUCCUGUGUGCUCACAAUUUUUAUCUCUAGCCCAGGCCCCAGCUUCCUGAGUACUUGUAUUACAGCCAUGUGCAGUCAUACCCAGAAAACCCAGCUACUUUUUCCAUCUUUAGAAGUGGUAGAGUGCCUGCCUAGCAAGCACAAGGCUCUGAAUUCAAAUGUAACACUGCAAGGAAAAAAAAAAUUUACAUUGAGGGUUACCUCCUCCAGGAUGUCUUUCCAUUUUUCUGAGCCCACAGCCCAAUUGUGGUUUCAUGUAAUGUAGUACAAAGGAAAAGCUGUUUGAGUACCUGUCACACUGUACUAUAAGUGAUAUUAUUAUUUUUCUUUUUUGCAGUGCUGGGGAUCAAAUUUAGGACUUUUUUGCAUGCACGGCAAGCCCUCUGUCACUGAGUUACACUUCAGCCCAAGUGGUGGUUUUGUUGUCUGGCUUCUGCUAGACUACAGGUCAUUUAUGGCUGGAUUGGAAUCAUACAGCUACACACCGUUGACACGUACAUAGUAUUUAGUGAAGUCUGUGGAGUUAAGCUAGGCUGACACUGAUGAUGGCUGGAGGGUUGGGUUAAAAGUGGUAGUUCAACUGACAGGCCAGGAAGGUUUCAGCUGCAAUGUUUUGGACUAGUUGAUCAUUAGUAUUUGUUAGAUAGCCUCAGUGUGCGUGUAUUGUAAGCUUUUAGCAGAGUGACAGAUUACUGAGUCCUGUGAGUAUUUUCUAAAGAUUUAUAAUAACCUAAGAUAAAUGAGUACAUAGUAGAGAGAAAGCAUUUGUUUGUUUUGCUAAUAUUUUAAAACUACUGUUUCUGGUUCUUUCCUGUCCACAUCCUUUUUUUUUUUUCCCCUUCUUUCUCUCUU